CUGUGGAUUCCACUCGGCCAGAGGAGCUCCUCUGCGCGCACGCGGGUCGCCUUCUGACCCGCCGUGCACUCGUCGGGCUGGCCCCGCGGGGCUGGAUCAACGACGAGGUCGUGAACGCCUACAUGGCGCUGCUGCAGGCCCGCCCGGGCGGCCCCCGCCGGUGGCACCUGAGCUCCUACUUCUGGCCGAAGCUGGCCAGCGAGGGGCCCAAGAGCGUGAGGCGUUGGGCGCGGCGCGCCUCGGUGAGCGUGCCCGAGCUGGAGCUCAUGGUCAUCCCCAUGAACGUGGCGCAGGGCACGCACUGGGCGGUGGCGGCGGUGGCUCCGGGGGCAGGCGAGGUGGCCUACCUGGACUCCCUGGGCAUGAAGCCGCCCGAGGGCCUGGCGGAGCGCCUGCGGGAGUGGUACCAGGACGCCUCUGGCCAGGCCGAGCCCGGGCUGGCGCCUGGCCGGGCGGCGGGCGCGCCCCGCUGGGGGUUGCUCAGGGCAGCAGUUGCCAGGCAGCGCAACUCGUGGGACUGCGGACCGAUGGCCUGUGCGUUCGCCGAGCGCCUGGCAGCGGGCGUUCCCCCGGCGGAGGCCGGCGGGGCCGUCAGCGGCGACGAGCGGCUGGUCGGCGUCUCGCGCUGCGCCAUCGCCGUGGCGCUCCUGCGGGGCUGGGCCUGACGCGCGCGCCCCGCCUCGGGCCCUGCGCGGGGGCCGUCGGGCGCGCACGGCGCGCGGCCUCCGCGGCCCUGCCUAGAGGGUGCGGGGGUGCCUCGUCCGCCGCGUCUUCU